AGCAGAUAUGGAGAGCGCCUUGCGGACGCAGUAGGGACAUCAGACUUCACGCACGCACACAGAAACUGACACAGCCAGACGCGCAAAAGGAGAAAACUAACGCUUCUUUGUUUCCUCGUCGACCUUCACAGCCUCCAGCAGGCUCAUGGAGAGCGGAGCCCUGCUUGUCCGAACCGGGGGCAGGUUGAUCGGAUGCCUUUCAUCCCAGCAGCGCCGUUAGAUGUUUCCCAUUCAGGAUUAAUUGGUUGACCAAUGGCUCCCAAACAUGCGCGCCUCUCCAGCAGCGGUGGCCCCGGGGUCGGAGGGGUAAAUAAGAAAGAAGACCCCUGCUCUUCCUCCUCGUCGCUAUGGAUCCUGGAUGCGGGGAUGGUGGCCAUCUACUCGCCGAGGAUCGGGAAGAGGACGCGCGUGCUGAAUGGAAUGGUGGCCCGGUGGUUUGUGACCAUCGGCGCGGUGCUGAUGCUGAUGAUGCAGAGCUCCCUGGCCGCUGACGCAGCUGAGGGAGGUCAUCAUGAGUCAAUGAGGCAGGCUGACUUGCUUCUGGACCCCGCAGUGACUUCCAACCUCUCGGCCACCCCUGGGAUUGGAGACAAAGCUGGGGCUAACAACAAGGAUACAAUGGAUGGGCCUCACACUGGUCCUGAUGCUGGGUCUGAAGCUUGGCCUGAGGCAAAAGUGUUUGCUGAAGCCAGAACAGCAGUUUGGACAGAAACAGAAGCAGGAGUGCGUGCUGAAGCAGGUGGCAAAGUCUUUACCGAGACUGGGAUUAUGACAGGAACUGGUGCUUGGGCUGAAGUCGGAGCAGAAUGGAGGCCCGUAGACACAGAAGGGGAAGACCUGCCGAGCAUGCCUGGGGACACAGCUCCCUGGCUGGGGCAGCGGAGGCUACAGACAGAUGGAGAGGAAAGAAGAGAGCAGGCAGCUUUCUCAUCUGUCCUAACCAUGCUGGCAGAGACAGCAGAGCUGCAGGCUCCAGUGGUUGGAAAACCUUUAGGGCUGCUGUCUAAAGCUGCUUGGACCAAAAGCUCCUCUUCAUCAUCGGCCAAAGCCACCUCCUCCUCUACGACAAAAGCAUCCUCUUUGCCUUCUUCCUCCACAUCCUCCUCCUCUCCAGCUAGUACACUACAAGACAGUCACACAGCAGGAUCACAGAAUAUAUCUGUGCUUGUUGUCAACACUAACUACUCCAACAGCAACAGUAGCCCCACCAUUGAGGACUCAGUGAGCAGCCUGCCGGCCUGGGAUCUCCCUACAGUUCCCGAAUCACUCCUGUCCACAGUGGGUGACCAUGAUGUCACACUUCCUGCCAAUGUCACCAGCCCUUUCUCCACCCACCAGUGGAACACCACCGCACCUGUGCGCACCAGAAACGCCUCACGGCGUCCGGCCACCACAACAACCACCACCACCAUAAAGAUGCCUCUGUCUCCCACUACCAGCUCAACUUUACCAUUCCCCACAACUGCAAGAGCACAAACACCACCAGAAUCCAGCAUGGCUACACACAUCACAAGCCAGGACACUGUGACCAAUGACAGUCUUCAGCUGACAACAGUAACUACAACAACACCCUUAACGACCACUCUUACUGUGACCACCGAUGAUAUGAUGAAUCAGGCAGCAACCACUGGGAACAAUGCAACGUUAUCGCCAAAUACCAGUGCUGCAACCACUACGCAGCAAACAACAAGCAUCAGACUUACCACAACAACUCAACCUGCAACCACUACAACAACCACACCUGCCCCGACUACUGCUUCUACUACUACUCUUCCCCCGACUACUACCACCAGCACCACCACCACCACAACUACUACCACUACCACCCCUGAGCCCACUACUACUACCACCAUGGCUACCACGACUACUACAGCUCCCACUACUACUACUUCUACCACAACAACAACAAAGGCGCCUGCUACCACUGUGUUCAUCCAGACUACUCCACCUCCUCCUCCAUCUAGUACCAGUGCAGAGGAAAGUCCUCUGCCAUGCAACAUUACUGAAAAGUUUUGGGUUAGAACAGUGUUAUCUAUUGAGCUGCGCAGGAACCGCUUAGACCUCAUACUGAAACAUCACCUCUCCAAAGGUCUGAGUCAUGCCUUGCAGAGAGCCCUGAAUGACUCCACUGUUUAUGCACAGGUGGAACACGAUGACUGCAGCCCCCACAACGUGACGCUGGGAUACUACGUGACCAACGGGAAAACUGUCUACAUUUCUGCCAUGGUUGUCAGAGCCCUGAAUGUUUACGGUUUUGACAAGCUGCUGUCGGACAUCAGGCAGCACACGCCAUUGGUUAAGGCUGUUCUGGUUCCCGUGGCAACCUGGGUGCCUGCUCCAAAUAUUCACCUGCAGCUGAAAACAGUGUUGAGGUUUGUUGGCCCGACAGACAACAUCUACUCCUGCAGUUUUGUUCAGAUGUUGGAGCAGAGGCUGGAGAACGCCUUUGAUGAAGCUCAGGACAAAGUGUUGGAGACCUACAACACACUCACUGUUGAGAUCCAGAGUGUCUCCCAGGAGCCUGACUCCCCCUCAGUCACUCUGGUGUAUGUGGUGAAAAAUCAGGAUUCAAUACUUAACGGGACAAUUUCCAGCAGUCUUCUUAACCAGCUCACUGCUGAGCUGGUGGGGUACUUUCUGUUCUACCCACCGCUGGUCAUCGCUGAGCCUCUUGAGUAUCAUAAUCUCAACACGUCUGCAGCAACCAAGAACUACUGGGUCAUAACGGUGAUCCAGGAUGUAGACAGCUCCUCCCUGGAGGUCAACUACCAAAGCUUUGCCAGUCUUAUGGAGCAACGGCUAGCUGAGCUCUUCCUGGUGGCUGGCAGGCAGGGCCCUCGGACGGCGAGAUCCCGGCGGGCCACCACUGUGGGGGGCUACACCGUACAGAUGGUGAGCAUGCGUAGACUUCCCGGUCCCAAGAACCCAGCAGAGAUGACCUACUAUGCCCAGCUGAAUGGAGCACCCAUCUCUGGAACCACAGCUGCUAAGACACUGAGCAGUCUGGACUCCCAGACCAUGGCUCUGACCCUGGGAUACUUUGUACAAGUCCAGGCUGAACCUGUGGUAAAGACACCGCCCAGCAACCUGUGGAUCAUGGCCGUUCUGACGCCUCUCUUCUUAUUGAUGGUGGUGAUCGGGAUGGUGGCCUUCAUUCUGUGUAAGAGAAACAGGGUCCUUUUUAAAACGGGCGCCUUCAGGACCUUUAAAACUCGAUCCAAGACUUCAUAUCGAAGGGAGGGCAGUUACCACCACCAGCCUGUCCAGGGCUUCGACUAUGCCAAGAAGCACAUGGGUCGAACUGGCGAUGAAGCAGUCUCAGUUACUAAGGAGACGCUGGUUUUGGGGCUGCCUGUGCGAGACGCUCCAUUGUCGCUGUCACUGGAUAAGAAGGUGCACCAGGAUGGGACUGCCAAUAAGAGGCCUCCGUCUGCUGACAUACACAAAGGAGGGAGGUUGCCAAGUGAUGAGGAUGGCUCGGUGUCGAGUAACGGCUCCGGGAAGCUGAACACCAGCAAGAGCUCCUCGGCCCGGAGGACUGCGACUGGCAGCAGCAGCAAGAACGGCAAAGAGGAGCUACACAAGAGGGGCGCCAACGAUCCCUAUGAAGACCAUACAGGCUCUCUGCGUCUCAUCACUAUCAAGCCCAUGACAGCCCAGCCAACCUACUCGUAUCCCUCUUCCUCUUCUCACAGCCAAGAUUCUGUGGUUGUCAAUGGGGACGCUAACCAUAGUGGGCUUAAACAGAAGUCCGACAUUGAGCACUACAGGAACAAACUGCGUCAGAAGGCCCGGAGGAAAGGCUACGGAGAAUUCUCGCUCUCCGAGACUGGAAGCCACGGUUAUAGCCACCGUGACACGAGGCACAGCCGGCACGACAGCGCGGUGAAAGAGCCAAUGACUGCCGAGGAAAAGAGGGCGUCCUUUGCAGGGUGUCACAAGAGGUACUCUCACCCACGAGAGCCUACAUAUUGGAGCCGGCAGUCUCUGAGCAGCCCCAGUCCAGUAGAGACAGAGAUGGACCUGCUGGUGCUCAGGGAGAGAUCCAGGAGGGGCAUCCGCAACAAUGGCUAUGAUGGUGAACCAGAACCCUUUGAGGAGACCAACGUGGACCGUCUGAUGAGCUCUCUGGGUUAUGGAGGUGGAUCUACUGGCACUGGGAACGGCAGCUUAGGGGUGAAGGCUCACCGUGGCUCCGACUCCUCCACACUCAGCUCCCAGCCGUCCAUUGACGAGGUCCGUACGCAGAUGCAUAUGUUGCUAGGCAACGCUUUUAGCCUGGCACCUCCGGACCAUGACCCUCCUUCUCCUCCAACCAACCAUCGCCAUCAUCAUCACCACGCUCACAGCGCCUACAACCCUUCCAGUACCAGCCACUACAGUGACGGAGUGACCAGUGCCCCCGGAACCAUGAACCACCCCUGUGGAGGCAGGCAGAGAAGCAUAGGCUAUGAGGACAUGCACCAGUGUAGCCUGCCCAAACCAGGUUUCCGGUUCACCCAGCUUCCUGAUAUGGGCAUCGGUUCUCCACCUCCACUGAUCCCCUCAAGACCAGGACCACCACCUGCGACCUCACUGCGACGUUCCACCCCUGAUGUUAGUCUGAAGCCUCGUGUGUCAGAAGCCUCAGAGCUGCAGGCCCAGCAGCACAAUGGUGCCCCCUACCUGCCACUCUCCAGGACCCCCUUCCCUGCUGUCACUGUUGACCAGUCCAUCAGCACCUACUCAGGAAACCCAAUAACAGCAGUCUACGCUAUAUCGGCCAACCGCCCAGGUUACUCAGACUACUUCGUCAUGUCACCGCCAUCCUCAUACCGGAGUCCAUCAUGGAUGUCUUAUCCACCUGAACCAGAAGACCUGCCGCGGCAAUGGAACGACACACCUAACUCACGUCACCUCGAGACCAUCUGCUGAAGUCGUCCGACUGUGACACUGAUUUGAAACGGUCAGUAGCUCGGUGUCUCUUCAGAUGGGCAGAGGACCUCCUUCACACUCAAAACUCUUUGGAGCUUCAUCACCCCUCCUUGGCUCCGGCACAGCGCUCCUCCUGUAUGAUUCAUUCAUCACCAGUGGAACCCCCCCCGCCCUCACCUUUUCCCACAGCUCUCCUCUGCCUGCCCUCUGUCUGUCCUCUGUCAGCCCACUUCAUCUGCAGCUCAAAGCAUUUCACAUCCUCCAGAGCUCCUCUGCCCCCUAAUCCCUCUUCACCUCGUCUUCGAUCUUAUGCCAAUGAAAAGCUCAGCCAUAAUUUUCUCUUUCUGUAUUCUGAGCCCCCGGCCUCACAGGCCUGUGCUGGCCCCUCUGGGCCUAUAGUCACUAUCUCCAUGUAGACUGCCUCUUCUGUGGUGACCACCACUGUACAGUCCGAGGCCCCUCACACUGCUGAGCUGAGCUGCUGUGCUGUGCCUCCCUGCCUAACAACACAGAUGCAGAGUGGAUGAACAGGGUGAUUACAGUACAGCGUGACAAGUUCUGUGGCCCAGCAAUCAUCGUAGAGUAACUGCCAUCUGCCCAGCACACGAUGGCAGGCAGCGCUGCGUUAUCAGUACUGUAGCGCCCCAGCCGUUGCCAGUAGUCCUCUUCUGAACUGGACUGGACUGGGCCAUCGUGGACUUGCCCCUAAGGUCCACCGUAAAGCCAGGAAAGCUGGACUGACUUAAAACUGUGUUUUGUUUUGUUUUUUUGAUCAAUCCAAAUUCCUAUGUAAAAACUCAACAGCUGGUUAAUAUGUGUAUUUUAAACUUGAGUGAAAAAAAAUAACUAAGGAAAAAGGAACAAAAAAAAUCUCUUGUCUUGAGCUGUCUCUAUUUCAGUUUUUGGAUAUUUGUGUGCUUUUGUCUUUUACUUUUGUGCAUUGAUUAUUAUCAAUGGAUUAUUGUACAAAAAAUGUUACUCCGAGGCAAAAAAAAAUAUAACAUUAUUUGAAGCAGAGAAAUCGGUGGCUUAGUUGUCUGUGGUUAUGACGGCAUUUCUGUACUUUUUAAAAAGAAUUACUUCGUUUACCUUUUUCCUUCAUCCGACUCAGCAAUGAAAACAAAAAUUACUGUAUGUCACUAUGUUCUGUCAGUCAUCUGAUUAUGACGUUUUUGUCUGCU